CUCACCCAACACUCUCUGUCAUAGCUCCACUCCACGCACAGCUCCUGCAAGCUACCAAGGAAACACUCGGAGAUUCUCCAUUUGUCAGCUCAAGGCUCAAGGAAGCCCUUCACCAAGACCUGUUAAAAAGGUAUAUGUCUGAGAUGGAGAAGGCCACACUCAACCUGGCUUCAGCACUUGAUCAAAGAUUCAAAUCGCUGCUGUUCCUGCCUGAAGAGGAGAAGCAAGAAACACUUUCAAGACUGAUCGCUGAAACUCUAGUCACAUUGGCCCAUCAUGAUCAGGGUGAAGUGGAGAGGCUUGAUCAAGAGGAUCUUGGCAAUUGUGGACUAAAUGAAGAAACUGACAAGAAUGCAGAAGGUUGUGAGGAACCCCCCACUUCUAAAAGGAGAGGAUCCUGUGCACUGGCUGAGCUACUGGGCAACACCUUUGGAGAUGUCGGACAGGCACUGGAUCUGGUACCACAAGAGAAAUCUGCUUUUAACAGAGCAGAGGAGGAGGUGAAAGAUUACAACACAGCUGCUUCUUUGCCACUGUCUGAGAACCCAUUCGCCUGGUGGAAAGAUCAUCACCACCAGUAUCCUCUCCUGGCAAAGUUUGCGAAGCAGUACUUAUGUGUGACAAGUGUCUCACAAGUCACAAGUGUCUCUGCUGAACGUGUGUUCUCCACAGCUGGCGACAUUGUUACAGCUCAGCAGAGCACCCUAACGGCAGAGCAUGUUGACCAGCACUUGUUUUUGCACAAAAAUGUUGAAACUACUAAGCACUAGCUCAAUUAACAGAAAGCCAGCCAAAAGUAGCAGCUUACCUGUUGUUUACCUCAAAAAUUAUGUUAUGUUUUGUCUGUGUUUAUCUGCAGUCCAGUUUUGUAAAAGCAUUUUAAUUUCAUAGCUCACAUUUGUGCUGUUUUUUUGCUUUUAGAGACUAUUUUGGCCAAGUGUUUUAUUUAAUUAUUUUGCAGCGCUACCUCAGAGAGCAGUGUUUGUCUGCAGUAAAGGAUUUGGAAAGAACUGUUCAAUUUGAAGCAUUUUAAUUUCA